UUUGCCCUUUGUCAUGUACGGAGAAAUAGGAAGGAUGAGUGGACAGUCUUUGAUUGGUGGCACUGAUGACGCCUAUCACAGUCCUCUUUGGAUAGACCCUUUUGGAAAUAAAGCCGGUGAGGCAGCACCAGGAAGCUUCGGGUGGCAAGAACAGGAGCUGGAGGAAGAGAUGGCCCUGGAAGACAGUCCCACCAUGGUUAAAGUAGACCGCGGUGAAAACCAGAUCUCAUCGUGUCGGGGGAGAUGGUGUGGCUUCAAAGUGCUUGGCUACAUCACUGGUGAUAUGAAAGAAUUUGCCAGCUGGCUUAAAGACAAAACUGUGGUACUCCAGUUCAUCGACUGGAUUCUUCGUGGCAUGUCUCAGGUGGUGUUUGUCAGCAAUCCCAUCAGUGGAAUCCUGAUUCUGGUGGGACUUCUGGUCCAGAACCCCUGGUGGGCUCUCUGUGGCUGUAUAGGAACUGUGAUCUCCACUCUAACGGCCCUAUUGCUGAGCCAAGACAGGUCAGCGAUAGCCGCCGGGCUGCAGGGCUACAAUGCCACCCUUGUGGGGUUGCUCAUGGCUGUCUUCUCAGACAAGGGCGACUAUUUCUGGUGGCUGCUAUUUCCUGUAUCUGCUAUGUCUAUGACUUGCCCGGUUUUCUCAAGUGCAUUGAACUCCGUGCUCAGCAAAUGGGACCUGCCUGUCUUCACUCUCCCUUUCAACAUGGCACUGUCCAUGUAUGUUGCAGCCACAGGACAUUAUAAUAUGUUCUUUCCAAGUAAACUCUUCACACCUGUCACCUCCGUGCCCAACAUCACAUGGUCUGAGCUCAACGCCCUGGAGUUACUGAAGUCUCUCCCGGUGGGAGUUGGUCAGAUAUAUGGCUGUGACAACCCAUGGACAGGGGGCAUUUUCCUAUGUGCCAUUCUUCUUUCCUCUCCACUCAUGUGCCUGCAUGCUGCCAUUGGGUCGUUGCUGGGUGUUAUCGCAGGACUCAGUGUUGCAGCUCCGUUUGAAGACAUCUACGCCGGGCUCUGGGGUUUCAACAGUUCUCUGGCCUGCAUUGCAAUUGGAGGCAUGUUUAUGGCACUCACCUGGCAGACCCACCUCCUGGCACUGGCCUGUGCCCUGUUCACUGCCUACUUGGGAGCCUCCAUGACACACCUAAUGGCUGUGCUCCAACUGCCGGCUGGUACUUGGGCCUUCUGUUUGGCCACACUCCUGUUCCUGCUGAUGACCACGAAAAACCCCAACAUCUGCAGGAUACCCCUCAGCAAAGUCACCUACUCCGAAGAGAACCGCAUCUUCUACCUACAAAACAAGAAAAGGAUGGUUGAAAGCCCCCUGUGAAAGCAACCCUGCACAAUAGCUACGGUCAUCAGUCAUUUCUGAGUGCAGCUCCAGUUGGCUUCCAGAUUUUCCAGAUUCGUAGCAACUUCUUUUCGUCGUGGGGAACAACUUUCAG